AUGGGUAAUGCGCAGUCUAAAAUUGACUUUGAUUUAGCCCACCCUAUUCAGCCUCACAAUUGUAAGGACGAUAAUGGGGCUUCAAGUUGGUCAUCUGGUAAAAAUGGGGUCGACAAAAAAAAAAAUGUUACAACUGCACAAAAUUUAUUAAAACGACAACAUUUUUCUCUUCAGCCUCAACAUUUCAAACAAUUAUCUAAUAAUAAUAAUAAUAAUAAUAAUAAUAAUAAUAAUAAUAAUAAUAAUAAUAAUGCUGAUUCCAUGGCUAUCUCACCUUCAUACUCUGCUACCGAAUAUACUACGGAACCUUAUUACGGUACUGAUAAACAUAACAACACCAAUAAUAAUAAUAAGUACAGAAAAGGUAGUAUUACUUCCAAGCUAUUUCCUAGUAGAAACACUAGACACACAUACACACAUGACAAUAGUACUGGUGCCAAGUUACUUGAUUCAGACAUUAUUCACAGGAAAUUAACUAGAGAUAGCGACAAUAGUGCUGCUACCACUUCAACUACUAGUAGUUCAGAUACCAAUAAAGAUAGUAAUUUAUUACAUAUAUGUGACCAGCUCAACCAUAAAAAUAAUAAUCAAGAGCAACUAACAUUAUUUAAAGCUAAUUAUACUCUCAACCAAAAAGACCCUGACUCCGAAGCCGCAGAAAAUCCUGAAAACAAAAUGACAAAAGUUGAACAUCAACAACAACAGCAAUCUCAUUUUCUAAGAAAAUUGUUACCUCCAUUAUCUCCCAUUACUACAACGACUAACACUACCAACAACCACGAGGUUACUAACAGCAGCAAACUGUUUGCUAAUGACUAUUCCGGCAACAGUUCCAGUACUACACCCACUCCAAGGAAAAAUUCUAACAAGCCAAUUCCUUGUGUUAUUAACAAGGAACAUGUUAGUAGUAUCGAUCACAACGUAUCAUUAACUCCAUAUUUAAAUGAAAAAUCAGACAUACUGGCACCUUUAGAGGUGUUGAGUAAUACUAUUGCUGAUACUGGUAUGCCAACAAAAGAAAUUCUGUUGGAUGAAAUAGAUGAUGAUUUGAAACAAAAUUUGGCGAGAUUAUCACUAAUGCAGCACCAUGAACAUGUGAUUGGACCUAUUAAUGACAUGAAUGAAAAAAGGAAAAGCGAUGGUGUUCCAUCAACUGGCACAAGACACACUAGUGAAGACAUUGGGAUAUGUCGUACUUUUUCUCAGGAUACAGCUGUAAGAAGUUCUAUAAGCAGCACGAACAACAGUAACAAAAAUAAUGACGAUAUAAAUGAUGGUACUAAGAACAAUGCUUUUGGUAAUAGUAAGCAAUCUGUUUUAACUGAUUUGUUAUUAUCAAAUGAUGUGGGAAAUACAAGCAAAAACAUCAGUACCGAUGACACUGUUAAAAGUACUAAUAGUGCGAGCUUAAGUAAAUACUCAUCUCUUGUUAAAGAUGAACGUCUUAAUAAUAAAAAUGAAGAAAACAAAAAUAAAAUACAUUCUAACAAUGAGUACAACUAUGAGUGUUACGAAGACGAUUAUGAUGGGGUCAGUAAAUACCUGGACUAUUUUGAUGAUGGAUUUUUAGAAAAUAAGGAUAUUAUUGUUAAUAAUAUAGUCUUUGAAGAUGCAAUUAAAAAGUACAAUAAUAAUGAGGGAACACAUGAUUACGACACCGAUAAUGAAAUUCAGAAUGUUAAAAAUAAUAGUGAAUUGAAAAGAAAAGUUUUUACUGGCACUAGCUUAUGUGAGAGCACUGAGAAGGGUAAAAGAGUGAGAAUGGGUUCUGUUAGUCAAGAUAAAAUAGAUAGCUAUAAUGUAGCAUGUGUAGAACACAAGGAAGUAGAUUCUAAUGAUAACGCAACUGAUAAGACUAAAAUAGUACCAAUCGAACUUAAAUGGAAAGACAAUUUUGUUGAUCCCAAAACAAAUCCAAUUCUUUAUGUUGUGAGUGAAGAUUUAGCUUCUGUUUUGCAUAACAAAAGAAAAACACGUUUUUUAAUGAAUUUUGAUCCCAAAGAUAAAACUUGGGUUGUGCCUGGCUUAAAAGUACCCAAUGGGGUGUACAAUUUCCAUUUUGAAAUCAACGGCGAGUGGAAAUAUUCUAAUUACUUUCCUAUUGCCACCGAUUUUAAUGGUAAUUUUGUAAACUGGUUUGAAUUGGAUAACAAUGUUAACGUUAAUGCUACCAAUGUUGAAGAGCUUUGGGAAGAAGAAAAGGAAAAAGAAGAGAAGGGGAAAGAAGGAGGAAUUGAUAUUGUUAACAAUCACACUAAUUCCACGUUAUCAAAUAAUAAUACAAUCGGUAAGCCUGAUGAGGUGGUACCCAAUUGGAAAAUGAAAUGGCAUGAAGAAUAUGGCCCAGCAAGUAUGGAAAAUUUGACAAGACCAACUUUGCAUACAUACCAAUCGGCAGAAAGUUACCAUAUGAGCAGCAUUAACCUAACAAAAAGGAAGGAAGAGGAAUAUAGUAAUACUAUACCUGCGCUAUUUGAACCGUUGAUUGUGGAAUUGCAAAAUAACCUAUCAUCAGGCUCUGAUGUUUUAUCCGAACGGACUGAAAGACUGGCUACGGGUCGACAUACUUUAGGUAAAAUUGAUUGGCAGAAUGUUUUAGAAUACACGCAGGAGGAACUAUUUACGGAUUUACAAAUAUUGAGAAACAUAGAUCAAGAAACAGCUGAAGAUUAUUUUUUAAAUAAAUUGAAGAUACCUGAUUUGCCCGUUUAUUUAAACUCUAGUUAUUUGAAUGAGUUAUUUCAAAAGGAGGAAAAUGCUGAACAGGAAGGCAGUGUGAAUGGGAGUCGGAAAUCCAGUUUUGUUCACCAUAUCAUACCACAUGUUAAUUUAAAUCAUCUUUUGACCAAUAGUAUACGGGAUGAAGUCAUCAGUGUUGGAUGUACUACUAGAUACCAAGGUAAGUUUAUUACGCAGGUGAUUUAUUCACCAUGUAAUUAUUUAAAAGACAUGUGA